ACAGGUCCGACUGUUCUGUUCACGAGCCGACAUCCCGCCUCCUCCUCAUGCAAACAAGACGUGACUUGUGAAGAGAAAAAGUACAUUUUGUGUCUAUAACCGUACCGCCCGAAGACCAACAAGAAAAAUUACAACCAUGGAUCCACUCGUGGGUGCUAUUGACCAGGGUACGAGUUCUACGAGGUUCCUGGUGUUCAAUGCCAAGACAGCGGAACUGAUCAGUCACCACCAAGUUGAAAUCAAGCAGAGUUUUCCAAAGGAGGGGUGGGUGGAGGAGGACCCCAAGGAGAUUAUACAGUCAGUCUAUGAAUGUAUAGAGAAGACUUGUGAAAAACUUGACCAGCUCAACAUUGACAUCAGCAGCAUUAAAGCGGUGGGCGUGACCAAUCAGAGGGAGACAACACUGGUUUGGGACAAAGAGACUGGAGAACCUCUCUACAAUGCUAUUGUUUGGUUAGACCUGCGCACACAGUCUACUGUGGAGAGGCUCAUUAAUAAAGCACCAGGCAAAAACAAGAAUCACCUCAAGCACAAGACAGGCCUUCCCAUCAGCACCUACUUCAGUGCAGUGAAGGUGCGUUGGCUGCUGGACAAUGUGGACGAGGUGCACCAGGCUGUGUUAUGUGGGCGUGCCAUGUUUGGCACUGUGGACUCCUGGAUCAUCUGGUGCCUGACAGGUGGUAAGAAUGGAGGAGUCCACUGCACAGAUGUUUCUAAUGCCAGUCGCACCAUGCUCUUCAACAUUCACACUAUGGACUGGGACCCUGAACUCUGCAGUUACUUUGAUAUCUCAAUGGAAAUUCUCCCCAAAGUCAAAAGCUCCUCUGAAAUAUACGGCCUGAUGAAAACAAGCAAGCUUGAAGGAGUGCCAAUCUCUGGGUGUCUUGGCGAUCAGUCGGCAGCCCUGGUUGGUCAGAUGUGCUUCCAGGAAGGCCAGACCAAAAACACAUAUGGAACAGGUUGCUUCAUGCUCAGAAAUACCGGACACAAGCCCGUGUUGUCGGAGCACGGCCUGCUGACCACUGUGGCCUACAAACUGGGGAAAGACCAGCCUGCUUGCUAUGCUUUAGAGGGCUCUGUCGCUAUCGCUGGGGCAGUGGUUCGAUGGCUGAAGGACAACAUGGGCAUCCUGAAGUCAUCCUCAGAAAUUGAGAAAUUAGCUGCCGCCGCAGGAACGUCUUAUGGUUGUUAUUUUGUGCCUGCUUUCUCCGGGCUCUAUGCCCCAUAUUGGGAGCCCAGUGCACGCGGCAUCAUCUGUGGCCUCACACAGUUCACCAACAAAAGCCAUUUGGCUUUUGCUGCUCUGGAGGCUGUCUGCUUCCAAACCAGAGAGAUCCUUGACGCAAUGAACCAGGACAGUCGCGUUCCUCUGGUGCAGCUGCAGGUGGAUGGAGGCAUGACGUCGAACAGAUUACUGAUGCAGCUGCAGGCUGACAUCCUUGGAGUGUGUGUCGUGAAACCUUCCAUGUCAGAGACAACGGCUCUGGGGGCCGCAAUGGCGGCAGGGGCGGCAGAGGGGGUCAACGCAUGGAGCUUGAGCCCCGUUCAUCUUCCUCGCCUCGCUUGUGAAAAAUUCCAGCCUCAGAUCAACUGUGACGAAAGCGAGUUCCGCUUUGCUCGCUGGAAGAAGGCUGUCCAAAGAUCCAUGAAUUGGGAGACCUCAGAGCCAGGCGGCCCUGACAACACUAGGUUGCCCACAGAUAACCGUGUUAGCGUGCCAGCUGGACUGAAGAGUGGAAAUUGCGGGAGCAACUAGCGGACAACUUUAUUUAAAAAGUUAACUUAGUUUUCAUGGUUAAGUAUGGCAACAUGGUCUGGAGCGCAACUGUUGUACCAAAAGAGGAGCUGUGGCGGCAAUUGCAGACACUGGUCAUUGUUACUUGUUUUUGUUGGCAUAUUUAAAAAAUGUUUAAAAUGUUAGGCUCACAGAGAAGACAUUUCAAAAAGUUGCUUGCUAUACGUAUAGAAAAUAAAGUAUUGUCCUCAAUGUGAAUAGUCGAGGAUAAUAAAAGAAAAUAUAUAACAUUUAUGUAGCAUUUGGAUAAUCAGGAAAUUAUUAGUAAAGUAAAAUUGUAUAUUUAAAAUAAUCAAGGCUCUAAUUUGUACGUAGUCAAGUACAUUUAACUACUUAGCACAGGUUUCCACAGUGCACGUUUUAUUUUACUGGCUCUUAGCAUGUUGUAACAAUAAAAUGAAUUAACGAUAUAUACUGUACGAUUCGGUAGGACACUAAUUUGCAUCUGUAAUGCAAAUCUCAGAUGUGGAUGAUUUGUUCAGAUAUUUUAGCAAAUCUUGGCCGAAUACAUGGGAUUGCUUUCAGCAUCUUACUCAUGUAUCAAAGUGGGCCCCCCCAUCCUUAAAUUUUGAUGUACACGACCCUCACUGGAAAAAGUUUGGUCACCCCUGUUGUAAACUGGUCUACUGAAAUGUUAAGAGGGGAGGAAAUGGAAAAAGGUUCCUCCACGUCCUCGUGCAUCUUGUUGCAUGAAAGAACAGCAAACUAAAUGUGUGUGGUGUUACAAGGUAAUCAAAUAUUUCUAAGUAUUUCAAAUCCAGACAGUCUAUUAUGUGGAGCAUCAAGAAUGUUCAAGUACUACUUUUAAAAUCCUGAUUUCAACAUUUGCUGCAGUACGUUGGUGCUGCAGUACAGUAAGUGUCAUAAUUUGUAAUGUACUGUAAAGGGUGUGUCUGACGUGUGGACAUACUGUACAUACAGUAUACAAAUAGUUAAUUAUUUUAAAAAAUAUUGCAAUUAAGUCAUUACAAAUCCAAGUAUUUAGUAGAAAUAAAUAUCAAAAUGGAUAUUAAGUACAGAUGUUUAGUUACAUAAAUUAUUUUUUAUAAAUGCAUUUUUGUCUGUGUCCACACUUUAGGGACACCCCGUAUAAGUCAUUUCAUAUAAAAAGGUACUUUUUGCAAUGAAAGUGACUGCUGCUGCAACAUUUCUCAUGUGCACAGUACGUACCUUGUCCAGUUAGAGUGGUAUGCAUGAAUGCAUUGAUUGCUGUGAUGGAGACUUGAUUUGUGGAAUAAAAAGUUGGAUCUCUCAUUACGGGUGUAAAAGCUCAUUUCAAAUUAAGUCCAUUUGAUUCUUCAGUGUUAUGAGAUUUAAUAUUUCAAUCCAAUGUACUUGAGUUUUGUGAAUGUGCAGACUUACAUAUAAAACACCCAGGAAAUAUUGUCAACAUAAUACAAUUCGUGCACAUGAAGGCCACAACGGGACUUGAACUCGUCCAAGGUGUGGGCAAGGGGAAAAAAGCUGAGAAGAAAUCAGAGUCCAGGUUUAGCGAGAGAACUGCCUUCUGUCAUUCCUUCCUUUGUUGACAUGCUUAAAGAUUUUGGAUUUGUUCACAUUCUUGGACUUCUGGUACCCAAAACCGCCGCCGCCGCCUCGCUUUUGCAGCUUUGUGCCUUUGCUGCUGUUGACGUCUGAGUGGGGGAGAUCUCGGUGAAGGAAAUAAAUAACAGCAA